AUGCGUUCCUCACAAGCAUUAAUUGCUUUUUUAUCUGCUACUUCAUGGGCCCUUCCUUCAAAUAUCAAGGUGAAUCCGAAAGCCGUUACAUCAACUACAUGCACAGCUCCGCAAAUAAAGAUCAAUAGCCACGACAUCAAUGUUGCUCUGCUCUCUAUCUGCGGGGGGAUUGCGGGCAAGAUUGAACAAUGUCAAGGAAAUCCUUCGAGCAGAACCGGUCAAUCAGGAGAUGCAUUAUUAUCCUUAAACGCUACGACACCGGGGCAGAGAAUCAAUAUUACAAAAGGCCGAUGGGAAAGAUGUAUGCGCGCGGCUAGAGCAGUAUGUGGAGAUAGCCCAUUUACAAGCACAUGCAUUGGUGGCGCAAAUGACAACAAGGGAAAUGUAAACUUUUCUCCUGCUGUACAAUAG